AAGAGGAGAGGCAGAAGGAGAGGAUGAAGGGACAGGAGACAUGGAGAUACAAGAAAUAGAGAUAGAAGAUGAAAGUCGAGGAAAAAAAGAGGGAGAAUAUGCAAGUAAAGCAGACACAGAGAGCGAAGAUUGGGGUAGAAGAGAAAUUGAGGGAGAAGAUGAAGGGGGAGUAAAAAUAAAAGGUGAGGAUGAAGGGAUUGGAGAAACAGAGGGAGAAGUUGCUGGAAGAGGAGACACGAAAGAAGAGGAUGGGUGGCUAGGAGAGACAGAUGGAGAGAUGAAAGACGAUCUGGCAGAGCUCCUCUUCAUCUGUGACAGUCCAGUGUGUCCUUCAUCAUCAGAGCCCCUCACCUCAGACCCUUCAGAGCAGCCUGCGGCAGCCAUGUUGCAGGAGGCCUGGGGUCACGACCCUGGCAACAGAGACGACCUUAGCGACAGUCACCUUAGUGACUGCCUCCAAGCUGAGCUGGCUAUUGUGUACUCGGACAGCGACGCCGGGGAGGACCAAUGGGCAGCCUUCACGCCCUGUGAUGUCAUCAACCAGGAAGAAGAAGGUGGCGGAAUCCAUGACAGUGCCUGUGAUGGAGAGAGCAAGGAAGAGGAGAGAAGAGGAGAGAAUGAGGAGAGAGGGGAGGAUAAGGCAAAAGUAGAGACUGGAACAGAGGAGCAGAGAGAAGAGGUGGUAGAGAAGGAGCAGGAGGAGAGGAGGGGAGGCAGGGAUGAUGAUGAAGAGCAGAUGAAGUCGAGGGAAGAGCUCUUCAUGCGGUCUCCUUCUGUCAGCUCCACAACGAGCUCCACAGACCCCGACAGGAGGCUUCCUGUGGAUUUCUGUGUCCACCAAGACACCCGCAGUGAAAAUGUCUCCACUGAGCAUGUGGACUUUCUGUUGGCACGCCAGCAGUGGAAAAAGAUGGAGGAGGAGGUCAAAGGUCAGCCAAUCCCCAAACCAGGGCUAAGAGCUCAGGGGAGCUUCCAAGGUACCCACACUUCACUGUACCCCCCAACUCGCAGCCCUCGACUCAAACACAGAGAGAUCCAUCCACCAGUGCCUAGGGAGCCCCCUCUGUCCUCCACCCUGUCCCCCAGUUCCGAGGACUCAGGCCUGGAUGACUCGUCAUACCGCAGCCCCUUGGAGGAGCCAGAGACUGCAGUGGAGAGAGAAAUCCGCCUGACUCUGGAGAGAGAGGAACGCCACCGCAGGGAGAGGGGGAUGAUUGCACAGGGUCUGACUAUACCCAGACCAUCCACCCUGCAAACAGGACGAUCUCCACCUAGACCUCCAGCCUGCCGCACCCCUACCUUAUCCAUCUCUCCAUCCCCUUCCUGCUCCUCCUCCCUUCCCCGGUCUGUAUACCAUGAAAUGACAGCCAAUAAUGUCAUCAUCCUGGAGCCUGACUGCUCCAGCUCCGCCUCCAGGAACCGCCUACUCUCCUCUGCAAUCGGGGGGCUCUCUGAUUGGCCCACGAGCCUGGAUACGGUGCCUUCCGCGAACGUCAUUGUGGUGGAGACCUCCAACCUGAUCAUUCGCAGUGCUUCUGAGUUCUGCCUAAGCUCAGCCCCCGUGUCCGUAGAAACGCAGGAGAGCACUUUCUCGUCAAAUCCGUUCUUUAAGCUGCGCUCCCUCAGCAGCCAGUCGCUGGUGGAGCAAGAGAUCCGCAUGGUGAGGCAGAGGGAGGAGGAGUGGAGGAGGCAGAGGGAGGAGAUGUGGAGGAGGAGGAGGGAGGAGGACUGGAGGAGAGGGAGGGAGAGGUACGACACUGUGCUGGUGUCUCCGGCCCUGAACGAUAACAUCAGUUACAACGUGCCAGAGGUUCCAGACAGAUGUGUUUCCUCCCCUUCGUCCCCCUCUAGGACCCGCAAAAUGGAACGAUCCAGUUUGUCUUGUGACCACAAGUUCCCCCCCUCCCUCUCUUCUGUGCCACGACGACAGAACACCAUGGCGCAGCGAUGGGAGGCCUCCCUACUAGCCAAUCAGAAGAAGGAGUGAGCAGUGUCAGCGCUCUACUGUCAGCCAUUUAAAAGCCAAAACGCCUCCGUUUCUUCCUCCUCCUGUCCAGAAAACUCACGCAGUCCUUCUUUGUCAGUAUCCAACGUCUACUGUAAUGUUUGUCUAAACUAUGGGUUAGAACCAGUGGGUCACCAAUCUGUUUCCUGCGGGAUGCCACAUGAGGAGGACUGAGGACUGUUUCUUUCUGUAAUUUUGGUUUCAAAGAUUACGAUAAUUUAGCUGGUUUGAGAUCCCAUAAUGUUUUAAUGAGUCUUUCAAAAUCAAACUGGUCUUUUGCAUGAUGUCUAAACAGUACACAAUGGAACUACCUGUUAUGUUAUAUAUAUAUGACUUUUGUGGACUUCUGAGGGACAUUCCCUGGAGGUGUAUCAUAAUGAGUAUAACAUUUUUAAUCAUAAGAAUAGCACCGUUUUUGACAUGUGAUCUAUAUUUUAUGUGAACCUUGGAAGCACAUGUCAAAAUUAGCGGUAUUCUCCUUUAAUAUUUCAUAUUUACAGCACUUUGAUUUCUAGAUGUUAAUGAAUUAUGGUACAAGUAUUGAGUAUUUAUUGAUUUUUCUUUUUGACUGACUGUAAUGCAGUGAUUUUCAAACUUUUUCUGGGCUGGUACAUUUUAAUUUCAUAUAUAAAUUUAGUAUAUAUUUUAAAGUCACUGAAAAUAUUGUAGCUAUGCAUAGCAGAUAUGUGAAAAGGUAUAUGCAAAAAUAAUUUUGCAUGUUGUGUUCAAUGGGCCAACCCAGACUUUGAAAAUCACUGCCUUAGUGGAAUGUUACAAUGAGCCAUUGAUCAAGAGAGUUUGGAUGUCCCAGGUUUCUGUGUCAGCCAUGUUGGCUAAACAAUGCUAGCUGCUAACUGAAUACCAUUUGGAUCACAGUCGCACAGACUAGUUUUUACCUCUUCUUUUAAGCAAGCUGGUUGUAAACCAGAGUUCCAGUUUUGUGGGCUUCUUAAAGAGCAAAUAUACACUCUCUUUUGAGGAUAGUGUAGUCUCAAAGUUCCAAGGCUUGCUAGUUUUCUUUUCUCCUUCGUUAGCAUGUAAUGAAGGCGUACGGCACGGGGCAUAGACAUUUCUAUUGAAAGCUGUUGACGUUCUAAACAAAACUAAGUUCAACCAGAGCUAAGUUUUAAAAUAAUGUAACAUUUAUCAGUUAGCUAAGUUAGGUUAGCUGUUUUUGCUACAUCAUAUAAGAUACCCAGAAAUAUUACAAAAAAAAAGGCAAAUAGACAGCAUCCACAUGUGGGUACAUGUGGAUACACACUCUGAUAUUGCAUCAAAAUAUAGCAGUCACAACUGGUGACAGAAAAAAAAAUUCCAGAGAGAAUAGGACCUGAGAACCCUUGUGUUCAGACUGAAUGUUAAGCGAAUGGGUGCAAAUUCAAUCUAGGUUGAGCAAAUCAUGUUUGUGCAAGUUGAAAAUGUUCCAACUUUAGCACACAAAAUUCAUUAACAUACAACGACAAGGAAAAUAACUGGAUACAUUUUUAUGGAAGCUGCUCAGUGCCUAAAAACUUUGAUUUCCCUUAAUUCCUUAAUUCAUUUUCCGAAUCUUCCGCAUAUGCUUCCUCAUUGUGAGGCCCAUAGAACAGAAGGACUAGAGACUGACCGCUAACUUCCGGUUUAGCCCUCUGCUAACUUGAAUUGGGAUAAAAUGAGUCAUUUCGCCAGGGUUUGUGAUGCUCAAAUAUAAUGUAUCCACUGUUUUACAUCUGCUUCUUUCACAAUGUAAGCUUAUGGAAAACGUAUUUUUGGGCUGGAUGCCAUUGCUGUAAUUACUCGAUUCAGCCACUAUGUCAAAUUGGCUUCAAAGCCCAGCACUCUUCCUGGGGGCUAGUGUGUCAGCUGACACACAUCGGCACACUCCACACCCUCCAGCUGUCAAACUUAUGUGAUUACCUUGAGGCGAAAAUUCACAUUCAGUCGUACGCACCUUUAAAAUGAGCUUCCAUGUCACCAUGGCGGUUUUAUGGAUGCCGGUAUAUUUGCAGCCCAAAUGUUUUAGCUUUAUAAAUGUUAGCAUGGUGUGUACAGUUAAGUCGAGACAAAUGUUUGGGUUUUUUUGAUUGAUACAACCUGGUCAAACUCUGCCUAUCUGUGGCUCUGCUGUUUCAGCAAAAUAACUUGAGCACCUCUGAAAGAAUCAGAUAUUCUAAUCCUAAAGCUUAGUGAAGAUUUUUACAUAUUUUUAUGUCCUGUCUUGAUUCCUAAAAAAGAGAUUUAUUGUAUUGUAUUUUUGCUGCAUAUAUUUAUGAAUUGAGCAAUGCUUAUUAAUCCUUGAAGCUUUUAUUUGUAAAAGGUUUAUAAUAUAUUAUGUCAGAAUGACUAUUUGAAAUUGGAAGUCUGCAAAGUUUUUUAGGAGAUGACUUUUGUGUGUGGCGUGUGCAUGUGUACGAGUGUGUGUUUUAUAGUAAUCCAUCCGUCAUACAUCAGCUAGCUGGAGCUACCUUUAGUUUGGCUUCUAUACUGUAGCUCAGCUCACUCACUGGUUUCCCAAUAAACUCAACCUGACUCAGCUGUGGGGUAAAGGUACAUUCAAGUCAACUCAGAAUUGAGAUGAUUUUAACUGCCAGGGGGGAAUAAUACCAGGCGAGGGGAACGCUAACGGCAGCAGUUUCAGUUUAUCAUCACUACAUUUUGAUUGCGCUCUAAGCUGUAAUGUGUUUGCACUACUGUUACAGUAUAAGAUAUACCACAAACGAUCCUCGGUAGCUAACUAACUACAUUUGAGCUGUGAGUCACUGUGCAACCUGAAGCUGUGUCUAUACAUAUGAUGUAGCCUGUAUCUGUAUUUUCUGACCUAAAUGUUGAGAGGCUAGGUUUGAAUUUUUCCAAGUCCAUCUUAAUACAGUGAUACAUUUCAUAGGUAUGCUGAUAAAGUCGUUGGUUACUGUUUUUUUCUUCCUCAUGCUGGCUGUAAAAUGAACCUGCCUCCGUGUAAUUACACUGUAAGAGAUGAGGCACAAAAUAGUUCUCAUUCUGUGAAAAAAAGAGCCUGUCUUAAUUCAGGCAAUGGUGUUGGUAUAUUGCCAGUAUUAUCAAUUCCUGUUUCCCCUUACCCAGCCCAACCUUACAGUGUUUAUUUGCCUAGUCUGAAUUUAUAUGAGAUAAAGUUAAUUCCUUGUGUCUCUAUUGCUUUUGUUUCUUCUGCACCAAUAUUAUAAUAUUGCAUAAUGGAAAAAUCUUGUUGAUGUUUCUACCAAAGUUUUGCUGUCAGAAAUUAGUUGAGUAGUAAACAAUAUAUUAGAUAACAUGUAUAAGUUUCGUCAGUUACACAGCAAACCAUCAGACCGUAAACUCAAAAUAGGUUUAAAGUAAAGUUAAACAGUAAAAUGUUCUGAUAUCUCAUGGCAAAAUCUUUAUUUAUACAACAUUUUAAAGGAAUUUAUAUGGAAUAAAGUUGUUUUUUUAUCUUACAGACUGUAAAUUGCACAGACAACCACUGGCAUAGUAUUCAUAUGGUAUUUUCCUAUAGCAAAACUGUUUCUUUUGAUUGUAAAAACUUGGUGGUGGUAAAAUAUGGUACUAAUAAAAACUAAGUAACAGUACUAAUAUCCUUUUACCGUAAUAAUAGAAGAAGUUCUACCGUAUUUAUUACAGUAAAGUUCUGGCAACCACAGCUGGCAGUUUUUUACCGUAAUUUUUCUUUUUUUUAUUCAUGUACUUAUUGUGCGUCAGGUACAUAAUGUAAUUUAUGAUGUUUAGUUACACUAGGCAGAGAUUCCUUCAGGGCCAGUAUGGAAAUGAGGAAUGAUUACAGUGAACAAUAACUAAUGUAUUAGGGUAGACUUGUAAAAAUCUGAACAGAUUCUUUAAAAGCAAAAAUCUUGGAGCUGUAGUGUCCUAUGAGAGUCUGAGCUGUAUUGGAUGCACAAUAAUAACUGCUGUGUCAAAAGCAGGGCUGGUUUAAAGUUGAGCAUGUCAUUAUGUUACUGUGUUAGAUAUACUGUAUGAUAGCACACACUGCUGCACACUCAGUGUUUGCCCUGUGAUUUCAUUGCAGUUGGGGCGUGAUAUUCACAUCCAUACCUGGUUUGGCUUCUGAUUUAAUCUUAGUGCCGUUUUUCACAUCAGCUUAACUAUCUAAGAUACUUUAUUACUCCACUACACUGCUUUUAGUUUUGAAAAGAAAAGUCUAUUUAGUCAUUUUAACAUUUCUGAUUGUGUUCAGGCCACUCAAUAAAUCCAGAUGUAACACUGGGUGACACUUGCUAGAAUCUUCUGUAUGGACUCGUAUAAACAGCUGUCCUGACUAUUACAGCUUUUCCUCACUAGUGUCAUUUAUUCUGUUUCUGUUGAUUUCUUAGUUUAUUUGCCUUGAGUUUCAGUCAUUUAUUCUUGCCAAAUGAAAGGUCUGGU